AUGAUAAAUCAAGGCAGUGAGGUAACUGACCCGAAACAAAAUGAAAUAACAAAAAUUGAUGUCGCAUCUUCAAUAGAAAUAGCCAAUACCCAGCAGAAGAUAAAUGUUUCUACCAACUCAAAUGAAAAGUGGACUGAUGUUAUAAAGAGAAGAAAGAAAAGAAAUAUGAUUAUUGGAACAAAUAAUUCGAAAGGUAUACAGGGUGUUCCUAAAUGUUCACCAUUACACGUAUGUAGACUAAAACCAGACACCACCGCUAAAGAAUUAGAAAACCGAUUGAAGAAUAAUUUUCCAGAGGUCAGAUGUGAAAUCUUAAAUUUUAAAGGCCUUGAUAUGUAUGCAUCCUUUAAGGUUUCUAUUUUUGAAAAUAAUUAUAAAAAGCCAUGGACAUAUGGCCAUUCGGAUCCUAUCUAA